AUGCCUUCCCUGUUGAAGAAAAUCCUGCUGGGACUGCCCCUGGCAUGCCUAGCCAGCUGUCAUGCCAUCACUCGAAACCUGACCUCAGACUAUCGCAUUGAUGUUCACUCCCAUGUCAUCCCAGAGGUCUGGAGAGAGGCAUUGAUCUCAGCAGGAUACCCAGUGAAGAAUGGCACUUUGUAUACUGAUGGCUUCCCGGUCUCUGAUUGGACCCUGGAAUUGCACAUCAGCACCAUGGACACCCUUGGAGUCAAUUUCUCGGCCAUAAGUGUCAGCGCCCCUGGCGUGUUCUUCUUGAAAGAGGCUCACAAGGCCAAGGCAUUGGCCCGAAGCGUGAACCUGCAGCUUCACAACUACACCAAGAUCCACCCUACGCGACUUGGAGCCCUCUGUCUUCUCCCUCUCCCCUUCGUUGAAGAAGCAGUAGAGGAAUUAGAGUUCUGUCUGGACACCCUCAAGUUUAUUGGCGUGGGCAUGUAUACCAAUGCCGACGGCACAUACUUGGGCAACUCCACCCUUGACCCCGUUUUCUCUGCCCUAAACGCACGCAACGCUAGUGUGUUUGUUCACCCAGCCGCUCCAGGCUGCACCUCCGUCGCCAUGGGAUGGCCCAUCCCAAUGACCGAGUAUCCUUUCGAUACCGUGCGUGCAAUUGAGAACUUACUCCUAAGUGGCCAGCGUGCCCGGUUCCCCGACUUCAAGAUGAUCUUCGCCCACGGUGGUGGUGCGAUCCCUUAUCUUGCUACCCGUAUUGCCGGAAUGGCCUCGCUUUCCUGGUUGACCGAUCUAUCGGUUACUGAAUCUUUGGCGCAGCUUACCGGAUAUUAUUAUGAUACCGCUAGCUCGACCUCUGCUAUUCAGCUCGCGGCCUUGAAGAGCUUUGUUGGCGCGGAUAACAUUGUUACCGGAACAGACUUUCCCUAUGUUCCACUCGUGCAAGCGGAGCCAGCCAUUGCUGCCAUCCAGGAGAACGGUGACUUUACCGAUGCGGAUAUGAGUCAGAUCAAGUACAAGAAUGCGUUGACUGUCUUCCCCCUGAUCGCCAAGGCUUUGAAAAUCCGUGGACACUAG